AAUGCAAACUAAGGGCAAAUGAUUAUCGGGGUAUCUUGGGCUUGAUCUUUAGGUAUUUCGGCCCAAAAAAAAAUAAAAAAGCCGCGACAUCAUAAGAAAUUAAGCCGAACGUCCCCCAUUAAGAUGUUUUUGGGCUGGUCCUUCGUCACAGGUGGCAGCAUCCGAUUGGAGAAGGUAUCCGCGUAGGGCAAAGACCUCUUCUCCUCUCUCACAACUCUCUCUUGUCUCUCCCGUGUCUCUCUCGACGGCGAUAGAGAACGACAUCCAAAUUCAAGCGUCUCUGGUUUCGAUCGGUGGGGAGCGAUCUUUUCUCGUCUCUCACGACUCUCUCCUGUUCUCUCCCGAGCCUCUGUCGAAGGCGAUAAGUAACCGACAUCCUCUUUCAAGCCUCUCCGCCGAUUUGAAAAAGGUUAAGGAAGAUAUGGGACUGGAUUACAGCUAUACGCAGCCGUCGCUAUCGGAGGAGUAUGGUGACAACUCAGCCAACAGUGGCUACAGCCAAAUGGAGGCUGAUAUACUGCUGGACCAAACUGAGAUUGAAGCCGCGCGGCGUCAGUACCCUCCGCAGCCUGAAGUUGAGUUUGGCUUCCCCAAGGAAUGCUACUGUGGUGGCGAACCGCUUGUAGCCACAUCUUACACAAGAAAUGACCCUGGGAGAAGAUACUACACCUGUGAGAACAUCGACGACGGAGACUGCCAUGUUUGGAAAUGGUGGGAUGUGGCGGCUACCGAGGAGAUCAGAGCCCUAUCGAGACAUUGCGGCCAGCUCUCGGAUAAGGUUGAUUAUCUAACGUGUGUGAGUGACUACGACACGCAGCUUAACCAGGUAAAGGAACUGCAUUACGAGACAGAGCAGAAGUUGGUUAGCCUUGAGAGAAUUGUGUGUGACUUAGCUAAAAUUUUUUUUAGGUUUAGGAAUGGCUUUCAACUCGUUGUAGGUUUUAUGGUUGUUGUGUUAGGGAUAAUAGCCAUGGUCCUCUUGAUUAAGUAACUGCAGCUCGUUUCCUCGUUGCUCAUAUGCAGUUGUUGUAGGUUUGAACUCUUGGCUUUGAACUUGUAUGCACUUGAUAGCCAUGGUCCUCUUGUAUGAACUCGUUGAACUUUUUAUUUUGUAUGCUCUUUUGUAUGAACUCGUUGAACUAGUAUUUUGUA